UAAUUAUAACCAGGUCCAACAAAACGAUGAAGGUGAGGAGAGAGAAAGUGUCAUCUUUGUACUGUUUGAGUGGUGCUAAGUUUCUUAAGCCAAGUAGUCUUAGCUGUAGUAGUUGUAUGAAUGUAUGAUAGUAUCUUCUCUCUUUUUCUCCCCUUUUUUCAUCCUCAUUACUCCACUCAAUUUACAGAUUUUCAUGAUAAAUAAUAUAUACUAUAUAAAAUCUCUCCCUUCUUUCUCUCUCUUUAGAGUGUGAAUGUUAGUGUGAGUCUGAGUGUGUGGGACUUAGCUGGCUAACUAAAAGUGUCGCUAAUUUCAUCAUUUUCUCUCUCCUCUCAAUCUCUUACAUUUCAUUCAUCUUCUACAAAUUAUUUUCAUUCUUCUACUAAUCCUACUACCUACAUUAAUAUUUUCCGCCGUAAAUAUAUCCAGCAAUUUUUUCUUCCUUUUUUUUCGCACAACUAAAUUUCCGGCGUUUUUUAUCCCUUAAUUUUCUCUCGCACAUUAGGGUUUAACACUGUCUUUUUAAAUCAAUGAAAACUAUGGUGGGUCUGUGUUUUUCUUGGAACAUUCUGAAGCUACCUGCAUUAUACGGUGUCGUUUUCGCUUAAUUUCUUCAGCAAUAAUUCACUAUUUUACAGGUGUUUGACAUGGUUGUUAGUAGCAAUCAUUUGCAGAUCUUGAUAAGAAAUCAUUUGAACAUCUAAGAAAGCUGUUGAGAGUUUGUUGAUCUUUCUGCAUUCAUGGGGCUUCUCUUUCGAAGUCUCGUGGUGCUUGUGAUGUUAAUAUGGUCGCAUUGGGUGCCGAAUAUUGGGGCACAAUCAUCUGCGCUCUCAGCUCGUGCCUUGGAUGCCCUUCUUCAAGAUUAUGCUUACCGGGCAUUUGUUCGUCCUAGGACUGGUAUUGUGUUUGAUGGGACUGUGCCUUCCAAUUUGACCGGGAUUAAGGUUUCCGGUAUGAGGCUGAGGAGUGGUAGCAUGAGGAGUAGGGGUGUGUUGGAGGGUUACAAGGAGUUUCAGAUUCCUAUUGGUGUCGAGGUGCAGCCGUAUGUGGAGAGGCUUGUUUUGGUUUAUCAGAAUUUGGGUAAUUGGUCUAGUCGGUAUUACCCGUUGUCUGGCUAUACUUAUUUAGCUCCUAUGCUUGGAUUGCUUGCAUAUAAUGCUGUGAACUUAUCAGCUACGAAUUUGCCUGAAUUGGAUAUUUCGGCAUCCAUGAAUCCAAUAACAAUUCGUUUCUCCAAUGUGAAAUCUGUGCCAGAUGGGUCUGUUGCAAAAUGUAUUUGGUUUGAUCUUCGUGGUAAUGUCAAUUUCAGCAAUGUGAUAUCGAGGAAUACAUGUUCUACUGCUCAACAGGGGCAUUUCGCGUUGGUUGUUGAGGCACCUGCUCCUUCCCCUGCACCAUCAGCACCUGCUCCAUCCCGAGUGUCUCAUAAAAAGAAGAAAAAUUUGAAGAAAAUCUGGAUAAUUGUUGGAUCUGUGUUGGGUGGAGUCUUGUUGUUGGUAUUAUUGGCAAUUUUGAUAGCAUGGCUAAAAAAAUACCAGCAGAAGAAGAAAAUGCAACAUAUGGAGAAGGCUUCAGAGGUUGGUGAAGCCUUAAGGAUGACCUCAGUAGGGAGUGGUAAGGCACCGGCGGCAAUGGUGACACGGACACAACCGACUCUUGAGACGGAAUAUGCACCAUAAACUCUUCCUUUGCAAUUGUACAAGCUCAUCCCUCCUGCCAUUCACAUUCAUAUGUUCAAUUCAUGCAUUCACAUUCUUCUGAUUCCACACCUGUUUUUGGUUGGUGUUUCCUCCUGCUUGUCUUUGAAAUCUAUAAUUGCUUGUUGGACAGUUCCCUCGUUCUAGUGUGAGCAAUAUAGAAAUUACUGGUGUAGAUAGUAUUUUGUUUAGAUUGCUUGACUUCCUCAUGGUCUCUUCAUUUGUUGUGGUGUGCAUUCAGGGUAAUGUGGUUUUAUAUCUAUAUGUGACUGAUUUCGGUUUUUGACCGACAAGGAAUAAGAUUCUUUCAUAAACUUUA